AGCCAAGAGGGCGGCGCCCUUAACCAAGAUGGCGCCGCGCCGCCGCGGGCCCAGAAGGAACUUUCAAAAUGGCCGCGCCCACUGUAGCUGCAGCUGACGUAUUCCGGAAGUCAGAACCUCUUCCGGUACGGUACCGGAAGUGGUCCCGUCCAUGGAGGCGCCCAAGCGGACGCCGCCGCGGAUUAGCCGGAGCCUCCGGCCCCGGGAAUGCCCAGGCAGGUGCUCGGAGGGGAGCCGGACACCCUCACGUCCCCUCUCCCCACGCAGACGCACUGGCCUCCGGACUGAUGGCGUCGGGGACGGCGAGCCGCUCUGAGGACGAGGAGUCGCUGGCAGGGCAGAAGCGGAGCUCGUCCCAGGUGUCGGGCGCCAUCCCCAAGCGUCGCAGCUCCUCGCGGUUCAUCAAGCGGAAGAAGUUUGAUGAUGAGCUGGUAGAGAGCAGCCUCGCCAAGUCGUCCAGCCGGGCCAAGGGGGCCAGCGGGGUCGAGCCUGGCCGCUGCUCAGGCAGCGAGCCCUCCUCCAGCGAGAAGAAGAAGGUCUCCAAGUCCGUGUCCACCCCUGUCGCGCCCAGCCCAGUCCCAACCCCCGGCCUUGCCAAGCGGAUGAAGAAGAGCAAACAGCCCCUGCAGGUGACGAAGGACUUGGGCCGCUGGAAACCCGCUGACGACCUUCUGCUCAUCAAUGCUGUGCUGCAGACCAACGAUCUGACCUCUGUGCACCUGGGCGUGAAGUUCAGCUGCCGCUUCAACCUGCGGGAGAUCCAGGAGAGGUGGUAUGCGCUUCUCUACGACCCCAUCAUCUCCAAACUGGCCUGCCAGGCCAUGCGGCAGCUCCACCCUGAGGCCAUCGCUGCCAUCCAGAGCAAGGUGCUGUUUAGCAAAGCCGAGGAGCAGCUGUUGAACAAGGUGGGAUCGACCAGCCAGCCCACGCUCGACACCUUCCAGGACCUCCUCCACAAGCACCCUGACGUCUUCUACCCCUCGCGUACGGCUAAGGCCCUGCAGCUCCACUGGCAGCUCAUGAAGCAGUACUACCUGCUGGAAGACCAGACCGUGCAGCCGCUGCCGAAGGGGGAUCAAGUGCUGAACUUCUCGGAUGCUGAGGACAUGCUCGAUGACAGCAAACUGAAGGAUGUGCGGGACGAGGUGCUGGAACAUGAGCUGACCGUGGCCGACCGGCGCCAGAAGCGGGAGAUCCGGCAGCUGGAGCAGGAGCUGCACAAGUGGCAGGUAUUGGUCGACAGCAUCACAGGCAUGAGCUCCCCAGACUUCGACAGCCAGACGCUGGCCGUGCUGCGAGGCCGCAUGGUGCGGUACCUCAUGCGCUCCCGGGAGAUCACGCUGGGCAGGGCCACGAAGGACAACCAGAUUGACGUGGACCUGGCGCUGGAGGGACCAGCCUGGAAGAUCUCCCGCAAGCAGGGUGUCAUCAAGCUCAAGAACAACGGGGACUUUUUCAUCGCUAACGAGGGCCGGCGGCCCAUCUACAUUGAUGGGCGUCCCGUGCUCGGUGGCAACAAGUGGAAGCUCAACAACAACUCGGUGGUGGAGAUCGCCAGCCUCCGUUUCGUCUUCCUCAUCAACCAAGACCUGAUCGCCCUCAUCAAAGCGGAGGCAGCCAAGAUGGCCCAGCAGUGAUGAGGGGCUGGGGCUGCUCUGCUGGGUCCCUUUCCCAGCCCCAUACUGGGAGCUUGGGGUCCGCUAUGGCACCUCGCUGGGGGAUUGGGCCCGCAGCCCCUCCUGCUACAUGCCCGCAAGUUCUGCUCAGGCCCAGGGGCUAUGCUGGGCUCUGCCUCUCCCCUUUGUGCCCCACUUGGGCUGGACUCUCCUGUCCAGACCACCUGCUGUGGCUCUCGGGAGGGGCCAGGGGGGAGGCUGGAGAUUGUUACCUGCAAAUAAAGUGUUUUACACCA